GGCCGAAAAAAUACGUUGGAUGUAAUGUCUGCUCGAAUACCUCGGCUGUGAUGAUACUUUCCUUGUACGAGCUAUAGUAAAUUCAUUGUUACUAAUGUUGGCCCCGAUACAUUGCAUUCUGCUAAUCUCGUCACACUGGAUGCAUUAAUCUCUCUGGUGAAUUUAUCCGUCGAAAUGGAUAUACACAAUUGAUUUUCCUCUCAUGAUGUGAAUUCUCAUUCCAAGAAACGGCUGGAUAUGGUAACUAUGAAUUCUGAAAAGUCGGCAUAUUGCCGAAAGUCGGGUGAAAGCAGUGAGAAUGGUGAAACAGGCGAGCAGCUCAGAAAUAGGCAUAAUCAGACAAAUCAAUGCAAUGACCAGAAUGGAGAAACGAUCGAAAAGUAUCAAAAUAGCCUCAUGUAUCAUAUCACUGCCUCGUGUGCUGAAGACACGCCCAAUUAUCUAGUGUUUCAGAAAAUGGAAGCGAUCGUAGAGAAAAUGUUAGAUGAAGUCACAGGAGUUCCAGUGAAAACUGUGAAAAGCUUCAUGACAAAGACGCCUUCUGUUUUCACAGGUGCAGAUUUGGUGUCGUGGAUGAUGAAAACCAUGGCCAUAGAUGAUCAAGAGGCUCUCCAUGUGGCACACCUCAUGGCAUCUCAUGGAUAUUUUUUCCCUAUCGAUGAUCACUGCCUUACUGUGAGGAACGAUAACACCUUCUACAGGUUCCAAACGCCAUAUUUUUGGCCAUCGAAUUGCUGGGAACCAGAAAACACAGAUUACGCGGUUUACUUGUGCAAACGAACGAUGCAGAACAAAACUCGUUUGGAAUUGGCGGACUAUGAAGCGGAGAAUUUGGCAAAAUUACAGAAAAUGUUUUCACGGAAAUGGGAGAUUAUAUUCAUGCAAGCGGAAGCGCAAAGUAAAGUUGAUAAAAAACGAGACAAAUUAGAAAGAAAAGUGUUGGAUAGCCAGGAAAGAGCAUUCUGGGAUGUAUAUAGGCCGAUGCCAGGAUGUGUCAACACUACGGAAUUGGAUAUUAAGAAAGCAUGCCGAAAUUACAAGCCAAUUCCAGAGGCAAACAAAAAUGUACAAAUUGGAGCAAAUGCUGGUAAAAUUCCUUCGCAUUCAAAGUCGAAUAUAGUAUCGUCUUUGGAAAUAUUACAUAAAGAGAUUGAAAUGUUAAAUACUAGAUUAGAUAGACCGAACACUAAGGUAUCGAAAGUUUCUGAGGCUCUGAUCGGAUAUUUUGAACAAUACGUAGAGUAUGAUCCUUUCUUCGUACAACCGGAAUUCACGAAUCCAUGGAUAUCGGACAGUUCAGAAAUGUGGGAGCAAGAAAAAUUAGCAAAAGAAAUAUCAACGAGAAGAGUGAAAAGGUGGGCAUUUAGUCUUCAAGAGUUGUUACAAGAUCCCGUUGGUAGAGAACAAUUUAUACGGUUUUUGGAUAAAGAGUUCAGCGGUGAGAAUUUGAAAUUUUGGGAAGCCGUUCAGGAAUUGAAAACUUUACCGCAAAAAGAUAUUCAGACGAAAAUAAAUGAAAUUUGGUACGAGUAUUUGGGCCCGGAUGCUAGCUGCCCUAUCAAUGUCGACUCCCAAUCUUUUGAAAUAACCAGGAAGAACUUGCAGAAAGCUGAUCGAUGGUGCUUCGACGUUGCAGCGGCACACGUGUAUCACCUGAUGAAAAGCGAUAGUUACUCGAGGUAUCUACGUUCAGAAAUGUACAAGGACUUUCUCAAUGGCUCGAAGAAAAAGACCUCUGUAAAAGGUAUUCGUUCUAUCGUGUCGUUCAGCGGCCGAAGGGAAACAGCUACAUCAUAGUCAAUGCAAUAUAAAUUUUUCUGUUACGGAAAUCAUUCCAAAUCUCGAAAUAGUAUUUCCGUUCACGCAGCGAUUCUAAGAAGAAUACUAUCAAUUUUAAAUAAGUAAGUAUAGAAAUAUUGUUUACGCAUAACUAAACUGUCUUUCUUAAUGUACUGUUUCUCUUUAGUUCUUCGUUCUCGUGUAAAUUCGAUACGCUCGGCGAAAUAAAAUCAUCUUCAGUUUUAUAAAUAAUUCCUUCUACCCGUAUGUAUCAUAAUUAUG